CGGCGCAUCUUCCUGCUCGGCGCAUCUUCACGUACGGACGUGCCGUCGCCUUCGCUGUGGAAGCGUACAGCAGCGGGUGCGUCUUCGGCAUCGCGCUUGUUCCAUCUCCUGAGGUAGUGCACAGCUGCGGGACAUCUACGGGUCACACAGUGUGCGUGGUGUCCAGUGGCAACGCUGAGCAGCGGGCAUGUCUUGGGCGGUUGCGGCAGGAGCGAAGGUGUGGCGGGUAAGCGAUUUGCGGAGAUGGAUGGCGGAGGCUGCGGCCGCGGUCUGCGGGCGGAAGACAUGGAGGCGGUGGCGAUGGGCCACUGGACUGCAGGCCGUCCGCGACGUCACUUUGGCGCUGCUGCGGGCGAACCCCGACGCCAUCAAGUGGCCAGUGGGCCGCAGACGUGCGCAAAUUCUCCGCGCUUUCCGUGACAAGGGAUUCCCGAACUGCUUCGGCGCGAUUGACUGCACACACAUCUACAUCGACAAGCCCGCCGACGCACCUUCUGCCAACUACUACGACCGCAACCACAAGUUCUCCGUGCAGGCGCAGGUCGUCGUGGAUUUGGAUCUCCGGAUCCUAGACGUCCACGUCGGAUACCCGGGGAGUGUGCACGACGUCCGCGUCCUGCACAAUUCCCAGCUCUGGAGGCGCGCACAGACUGGCGAGCUCUUCGACGCAGCUCCAGAGAAUUUGCCGCACGGUGUCGUCACGCGAGGAUACCUGCUGGGCGACAAAGGUUAUCCUGUUGCCUGUCCAUGGAUCGUGCAGCCGUAUGGAGGAAUAGACCAAGGUCCUGACGAGGAGCGCUUCGACAACCGGCAGAAGGUGGCGCGGGGGUGUGUGGAGAGGGCGUCCGGCCGGCUGAAGUGCAUGUGGCGUCUGUUCUUGCGCACCCACAAGACGAACCUGGAAACAUUGCCACAGCAAUUCGUCGUCGUCUGCACUCUCCACAACAUCCUCCUCGAUGCGGGGAUCGACUUCGAUGAGAACCGGUUAUGGGAGGUGGGUUCGGACGGCGUCAGGCGCAGAGUGGACUUGGGCAUUGUCGGGGGCGGCGGAGGCGGGCGGCCACAGAGCUCCAACUUCGAGGGGGAGUUGUUGUGGAACGUGCUUCGCGACCGCUUGGCUUUGAUGUAGGCCCUCGCGGAGAGAGAGAGAGAGAGAGAGAGAGAGAGAGAGAGAGAGAGAGAGAGAGAGAGAGAGAGAGAGAGAGAGAGAGAGAG